AUGAAUAAUACCCAUCAUCCGGCUGUACCGCCAAGUGGUGCAGCCACAGUAGCUAAUAUAGCUUACUGUUACGUGCUACCUAUAGUUUGCUUUCUUGGAAUAAUAGGAAAUAUCACAAAUCUCUUCGUACUUGCCAGUCGAAGACUACGAGCUGUAUCAUACAUGUAUCUUCGCGCACUUGCUGUUGCCGAUUUACUGUGUAUGAUCUCUGCUCUGAUAUUCACAUCAACAGAGUUUCUGAAGAAGAAUGGAGUUCCUAUUAAUCAAUAUAAAAUAUUCGAAUUCUAUCAAACACACUUCAUGCUCACAGUCAUCAACUGGGCUCUUGGGGCUGGAGUAUUCGUUGUAGUGGCAUUGUCAUUGGAACGUUAUAUUUCCAUAGUCUUUCCAAUGCAUUUUCGAACCUGGAACUCUCCCCAGAGAGCAACAAAGUCCAUCGUGAUAGCAUAUGCUGUCCCGGCACUGCUUUAUAUUCCUUAUGCUAUUACAAGAUACAAAAGCGUCGCCAAAUGGGAUCAUAACAUCAACGCAACAGUCUACACUCUAGAUGAUCAUGAGAUUUAUAGAACACUGGAGUGGCAGGUCUAUAAAUGGACAAGAGAAACAAUCUUGCGCUUCUUGCCCAUCAUCAUUCUUGCUGUUCUCAACAUUCAAAUUAUGAUAGCAUUCCGGAAGCGCCAAAAGAUGUUCCAUCAGCUUACUAAUCGGAAAGAACAGGGAGCACAUAAGGACGAUACUCUUAUGUACAUGUUAGGAGGUACAGUAAUUAUGUCGCUUAUAUGUAAUAUACCAGCAGCGAUCAACUUACUAUUGAUAGAUGAGACUUUGAAAAAACGUCUCGACUAUCAAAUUUUUCGAGCUGUUGCAAACAUUCUCGAGAUAACUAACCACGCUUCACAAUUCUAUGUUUUCUGCGCGUGCUCAACAGACUAUCGGACGACAUUUCUGCAGAAGUUUCCUUGCUUCAAAAAGACAUAUGCAAAUCGCGCCAGGCUACGAUCAUUUGUAAAACGGACACAAUCGGUAAUACAAAAAGAAAAAUGCAGUAGAGAUCCUCGUAAUUCUAGUCCUCAGAGGAUGGAAUCGAGGACACACUCGGUCCAAUCCCAACCAUCAAAGCAUAGUGCCAUAGAACCAGACACAGUUGAUGUGCAUAUCGCCUCAGGGGAAGAAAGUAUCAGCGAUAAUAAGGAGUCCGACUCUCUAAUAAAGUACAGAGCAGUAGCGAAACUAACAAGUGAAACCAAUGGAAGCACUUUCUUAUGA